AACAUGCACAACCUGGUGUUUCUCUCCUCCUUAUUUAAACAAUUCAUCUUCCUCGUGAACUGUCAAAGGUUUAGAGCCUGUACCCUUUCUGUUCCUGUUUUCUUGACUGUAACAACUUCUUCCACCUUUCCAUUGAUAAUACAAAAAGCUUCCAACUUUGAACCAUUUCUUUGUCUCUCUGUUUCAAAAUGGGAAGUGUGAACCGAUCAUGGGAGGAAGACAUUUACUGGACCCAUUUUCAGUUCAUCCAUUUCACUCAAUUUCUUCGCAACACUGAUUUUCAACAACAACUUGCACUUCCUAAAACAUUUUCAGACAAUUUAAAAAAGAAGUUGCCUGAAAAUGUGAACCUUAAAGGUCCUAGUGGAGUUGUGUGGAAUAUAGGGCUGACAACUAAAGAGGACACUGUUUACUUCACAAACGGUUGGCAAGGAUUUGUGAAUGAUCACUCUUUGAAAGAGAGUGAUUUCCUUUUUUUCAAAUACAAUGGAGAAUCAUUGUUUGAAGUUUUAAUAUUUCAUGGUGAGACCUUAUGCGAGAAAGCGGGCUCCUAUUUUGUAAGAAAGUGUGGACAAGGUCAUACUGAGCAAGAGGGCAACAAGGCAAAGGUUGCAAAGAAUUCUGUUGAAGAAGUCAACACUGCUUCUAAUGGCGGUGUUGAAUGCGGUUCUGAGAAAUUUCGGAAGCUUGACACUAUAAGAACACCAUUAGCUGUACCUUUCGAAAAUACCAAUGAGAAGACUUCUAAUGCUGGUGUUGAAUCUGCUUCCCCCGAGCAUGUCAUGGCUGAUGCAGUCACUAUUGCGGUUCCCUCCCAAACAGCCGGCAAAAAGACCAAGAAGCCUGUUAACGAAGUUACGCCUGGCCAGCCUAAGAAGCGGGGAAGACCAGCAAAAUCAGCUACUUCUGGCGAGAGAGCAAUUGUUGAUUGGGUGGCUUUUAGCAAGGAAAAUUCAGGGAGCAAAGAGAAAGAUGCUGAUGAUCGUGAAAUUGAAGGUGGAAGCUGACUUCAGAAUAGAAGGUUAUGUUCUCUUGUAAAAAAAGAGAGAAGAUGAAGCUUAUGUUCCUUCAGAAUAGUUUGUGCUAUCUGAUUUUUCUGCAAAUAUGUAACUCAAGGCUCUCUUGAGUCUUGAUGGGUGGCUUAUUUCUUAGUAGUAGAUGCAUGGACAAACUCCUAGAAAUGGUGGCAAACUCCUCAAAUAGUUUAUGUGAUAUAUCUUUCCUUAGAGAACAAUAUAUUGCCUAGUUAAUGGUUGAUUAUGUGUUGUUAUUAUCUUUAUUAGUAAUCCUAUUAUGUGAACUUUCUUUGA